AGUUCCACGUAUCCUUUGAUACACCAUACGCGAUGUCACUGACGUCCAAUGAUAUCCAUGCUCGGCGACAUAGGUGUGACUUUUACGUUGCGCACUUAUCUCUCGUACAGGAGGGCAGAGAGAGAAAGCGACGAAGUUACUUUUCAAACAUGCACAAACACCUCAUCGAAAUUUUAAAAGAUAGAAGCACUACUCUUGGAAAUGUUGCGUUGAGUUUCAAUACGUUAGCAGAUCACUUCCCACUCAAGAGUGACGUUGAGGGGACCGGCGCAGCGCGGAGGAGGCACUCAAUCAAGCACCCUGUCACAAAAUCGAGAUUGGUCCGGUCUUACGCGAUAUCCGUUCGCACACUCGAUGUCUCACAACCAUUCGUACAUCAGGUAAUCCAACGGGCGAUGACGGUGCCACGGCAUUCGAAUGCAAGCUCAACGUUUUCACGAUCUGAUGAACGCGCCAUCUGGAUGCACAGGUAACUCAGAAACAUCGUCCCACCGCUUCACUUUUGCCGCAGAAAACGACGUGACGCGACAUUGCAGACUUUCACCAAACGGUAUCGAUGAGAAGAGUUUGAAGAUAGUAAACUCUCGGGCGCAAGCGAGCCUAACCAACGGAUAUACGACAACCCCCCCUGAGAGACUGUAGACGCGAAGGUCCAACAGGCCCAGGUCGUUCUACCCCACUCUAUCGUUCGUCAGGGACAGACAUGUAUCUGUCAGGCCCUUCCUUUAAAGAUAUUUUAUUGCAGUGCUUAUCUCCUUUAUAUUUUAAAAUGUUUUUACUUAAUAUAACUAUGCUAUAUUAAAUAUAUUUACUUUUUAUUUAGAUCUUUUUAGAUCCGAUUUAAUAAAUUUCCAUAAAUUGAUGCUUCUGUUUGAGAUUAUUCUCUAUUAUAAAUGUUUUAUAUUCCAUUAAAAUUAUUUAUCUAUAAAUAUAUUUUUUUUUCAAAUAACAAAAUUCUUUUGUCUUCAAAUAAUAAAUUUGUAAAACAAAUUUUGCUAAAUUU